GGAACUGACUUCACCAUGUUAAUUUCACCCACAAAUGAUGCUUCAGUUCACAGGUUGAGGGAACGUCAUAUUUGUGUAAUACUUUUAUGUAUUUGGAUUGCAUCCUGUAUGGCUUUAUGGAAAUUGAUGGAUAAUAGUAUCCAUGUGAAAAAAUUCCAUAUCCCCAGCCCUAAACAAGCUCUUCAAAAUAAUAAUUCAUUUGGAAUUUCAAUGCCUUACAUGGGAAUCAGUCAUGAGGACAUGAGAAUCAGUCUUGAUGAGUGGAAAAGUCUACAGGAAGCUCUGGACUGGCCUAGUCCAGAUAAAGAAAUCACUCAGCUGAAUCUGAGUACAAGUCCAGUUCACUCAACAUUCUCGAUUGAGGGACUCAAUGGCAGUUAUAAAGUGGGAGAAAAGAUUCAUGUUACAAUCACAGCCAGAGAUCACAACAACAACUUGAAACCAUAUGGAGGGGAUUUUUUCCAGGCAAAGCUUUUCAAUUUACAGUACAAGGCAGGUGUGUUCGGGGAGGUUGUGGAUCACCGUAAUGGAACUUACAGCGUUGAUUUUUUGCUUCCAUGGAAAGGCCAGGCACAAGUGUCUGUACGUUUGAUGCACUCCAGUGAGGUUGUACAGAUACUUAAAAAAUACAGUGAGUCGUCAUUCCCACGCAGCCACUAUAAAGGUCACUUUGAGGGGCCUGGACACAACGGAGCCAGGAUCAGAGAAGUAGUAGAGUGUAAUCUUAAAUGGGGCCCAGAUGGAAGUUGGAUUAAAGGCAACUGCUGCUGUGAGUAUAAAGAUGCAAAAACAGGGACGGUGUGGCAGUGUCAGAGACCAAAGACACUUUCUUGUGACUACUGGGUGUUUCAUGAAAUAGGAGGUUUUCAAAGCCCAUUAAAUCCUUUUGAGAAGAAACUUUAUGCAAGGUCUGUUACAAACAUACCUAUUACUGGAGACAAGCGUGCCAUAAAUGUCCUCUUGAACAAUAAAGACAUUGGCUCAAAAGAGAGAUGUAGAUCUGGCUUGUCAACACCAAUUCCCACCGGAUUUUAUUUUCAAGAUGUCUGGAAGUCUAUUGUGUGUAACACUAAACACUUCAGUCAUCUAGAAAUGGGAAAUUGUCUCAAAAACAAGAUUGUCCACAUGAUGGGAGACUCCACCAUAAGGCAGUGGUUUGAGUAUUUCCUACAAACUGUGCCAGGCUUGAAAAGAAUGGAUCUCCACACAAGUCCGAGAAAUGGACCCCUGAUGGCUGUGGAGUUAGAAAAUAAUAUCAUAGUUCACUGGAGGCCACAUGGUCUUCCUCUGCGAUUUUAUAAAAUGCCAGCUGCUGAUCUGCAUUAUAUUAGCAAUGAAAUUGAUUAUAUAACAGGUGGCCAUCAUACAGUCGUUGUCUUCACAAUCUUUGCCCACCUGGUUUUUCACCCGAUAACAUUCUAUGUGCAUAAAGUGGGCACUAUUCGUCAGGCUGUCAUUGCGCUAUUGAAACGUGCACCUACGACUACUGUCAUCAUCAAGUCUGGCAACACUGGCUUUACGAAGGAUGAAUAUGGAAAUGACUGGUACAGGAUGCAGUUGAACACUGUGAUGAGGGAGAUGUUUAGAGGCAUUCCAGUGGUCUACUUGGAUGUCUGGCAGAUGACUUCCUGUCAUUAUACAGUUGAAGACAUUCAUCCAGCUGGUGUUAUUGUCAGCAAUGAGAUUGACAUGUUACUAUCAUACAUCUGCCCUACCUGACACCUUAUGUAAAUAUUUGCCUUGCUCUCGUUAGAAGUAGCUCUCUGUAAAGUGAUCAAUGGAAAGGAGGAGGCGAGAACCGGCUUUUCAAUAUAAAUAAUAGUUUAAUGAUAAACUAAAACAAAAGACACAAACACACACAUGAUGGACAUGUCCGUAUAUAAUACAUUACAAUAUUUUAUAUCCUAGAUUACAAUAACAUAUGCAUAUAUCCAAUAUUUAUACGUUAUAGCAUAUUACAAAAAACGAUUAAACAAUAAUAAUACUAUUAAUAUACAUAAAUCCAAAUUAAACAUACAAUAUAUUUAACACCAUACCACAUGUAGGCCGCACAACGUGCGUCACACACAGGAUGAAUAAUUAAAUAAAAUAAUUUUCCUUAUAACACUCUACGUACAAUAUACGUUUAUUAACAUUCAACCAGAUCUCUUUUUUUUUAUUAUAAAAGAUUACUAAAUAACCAACAUACCUGUAUUCCAGUGGUCUACUUGGAUGUCUGGCAGAUGACAUCCUGUCAUUAUACAGUUGAAGACAUUCAUCCAGCUGGUGUUAUUGUCAGCAAUGAGAUUGACAUGUUACUAUCAUACAUCUGCCCUACCUGACAACUUAUGUAAAUAUUUGCCUUGCUCUCGUUAGAAGUAGCUCUCUGUAAAGGGAUCAAUGGAAAGGAGGAGGCGAGAACCGGCUUUUCAAUAUAAAUAAUAGUUUAAUGAUAAACUAAAACAGAAGACACAAACACACACAUGAUGGACAUGUCCGUAAACGAUCUCUCUCUCCAGCACGAUCCCCUGCAGUCGACCCUCAUCCCUCACAGAGGCAUAAUUAGCCUAAUACGGGACCGGGUGUGUAGGACCAUGACCCGGCCCCGCCCUCCGCCCUGCCACACUCUCCCUGCUGAAAAGACUACCAUUGCUUAUCACCAGCAUAUGUUGUUUUCGAGGCUUAUUACCAACAUAGGCAUUUUAACUAGCUUAACCAACAAGACCUCCUGGUUCACCAGCUAAACCAGCACCAAACCAUCACUAACCAGCCUAGAUCAGCAUGGGAAUUCAUGCAGGAAUAAGCUAAUCUUGUUUAGUAGAGCUGUUAGGAAACUUGCAUGACCUUUUCUGGCUCAAUUUCAUUCUAAAUAUAGCCUCUUCUACCAUUCAGUUCUGAAUCUUUUCCUGCACAUUUGAAUCUCCCUUUAUUCACCCUUUUCCCUAGGACCACCUCUUCUAUUGCUGAGAUGGCUUAUGAACUUGCCAGCCUAAUCCUGCUCCUACUUCUUUAUUUCAAAAACAGUGUGCUUGUCAUAUUUCUUACUUGACCAACAGUUGCCCUGCUUCCCUUAUAACUCAAAAUUGCAGCUGCUAGAGCCAUUCUCAGGAAACCUGGUUUAGAACCUUCAGUAUUACACCAUUACAGGUUUCAUGCAUUAAAUGUUCCCUAAUGUCUAGAACUAGCAUCAAAUCACCCUGCAGCUUUUGCCUGGUUACCAACUGAAGCUAAGGAGGGUUGAGCCUGGCGAGUUUCUGGAAGGUUGACCUCCAAGUAAAAACCAUGGUUGCUGCUGGAAGAGGUAAUAGGGAGGCCAGCAUGGGGUGCUCAUCCUGCAGUCUGUGUGGGUCCUAAUGCUCCAUUAAAUUGAUGGGGACACUAUACUGUAAAAUGACACUCUCUUUCAGAUGAGAUGUUAAAUCAAUGUCCUGACUCUGAAAUCCCUGGGCAUUUCUUGAAAAGAGUAGGGGUGUUACCCUGGUGUCCUGGCAAAUAAAUAUGCCCAUUGGCAUCAAUCCAUCAUGGCUUCCUAAUAUCA